GAGCAUUGUAGAUUCGAUAAAAACCAUACACAAUGAGCAUAAGCUGACAUCUUGGGAACAAUGAGUCUCAGGUCGGACGCGGAAGAAGCAUACUUACCUGGGCGGGGCCUAUCGCUGAUCCGAAAGGGCGAUGACCUACGACGAGCCUCGCCAUUGCACUCCGGCCGGGCAAGUCGUAGCAUUUCCCCAAGGGGAAAAUGCACGUCAUAAUUUGUGGCAGCGGAGGGCUCGCGUUCGCGCGGCCCUCCACCAAUUUUAAAUUAAACAAGGAAUUCAAAUCGACUCUCCAAUUCCGUGAGAGGAAGUCAACAUCUAAGAACAUUGUUGUACACGCGGCUGUGUUUUCGUUGGAUUCGUCGUCGACCACCGCAGGGAAACGUCUACAAGUUUUUGAUUCCAUGGUGCAUGUUUGGCGAUGUGUGAGUGACGCCCUGUAAUUUGGAGAGGAGAGAAGUUUGGGUUUGCGUAAAUUUCCUCAAGCUCCAGACUGACUUUCCAUUUCACUGGAUUGUGCCUGAAUGUAAGAAGUUGAACAAGGGUCAGUGCAUAAACACUUUCACGUCCUGGGUACUGUUGAAGUUGUAUUGUUGCCAUCGC